AUGGACGACCAGAGGGCGCUGUUCAACCAGUACGAGAAUGACUACUGCAACAAAUCCACCGACAUCUCCAGGAAGAUCGACGCCGUGGCCAACGUCAGCGGAGACACCCGAAGGCGAUUGACGGCUGAGGUCGAAUUUGACAUCAAGGAAGCGGAUCAAGUGAUCAAGCGCAUGGAGAUGGAAGCACGCAGCUUGGCCCCUGACCAGUCCAGGAGCCUGCUCAUCAAAAUCAAGGAAUACAAGGCAGACCUCCAAAGCCUGAAAGACGAAUUGAAGAAGGUGUCAAAAACUGUCGGCAAGGGCGAUGCUGCAAGGGCUGAGCUGGGACUGGGCCAGGAUUACUUCUCGUCCACAGCUGGACAACGAGAACGCAUGCUGACAGCCACGGAGCGCCUCAACAAGGCUGGGAACAGGCUGCAGCAAGGGCGGCACCAGCUGCUGGAAACUGAGGAGCUUGGUGUCACCAUACUGGAGGACCUGUCCAGGCAGCGAGAGACGAUCAUUCGCUCAAGGGACACACUCCACGGAGCAGACGAUGGCAUCUCCAAAGCACGCAGGAUACUGGGGACCAUGUCCAGGAGGGUCCUGACAAACAAGAUGGUGAUGAUUUGCAUCGCACUGGUGAUUCUCCUGGCCAUCAUCCUGAUUGUUUACUACAAAUUCAUAAGGGAACCCACACCUGCCCCUCAUCCUCACCCCGCACCCGUGGGUUGA